AUGGUCUCUUCCAUCUCUGCCAUCGACUUGUCGCUCGCUGCAUUCGGUCUCUACCUCCUCAAGCGCCUGCUCGAGCCCAAGCAGCCUGCCCCGUACCCACCCGGUCCCAAGGGCCUCCCCGUUAUCGGCAACGUGCACCAGUUCCCCAAGGAACAGGAAUGGAAGACCUUCUACCAAUGGUCUGAGCAGUACGGCGACAUGACCAUGGUCAACCUCCUCGGGCAGAGGAUGCUUAUCAUCAACUCGGCCAAGGUCGCUGUAGAGUUGCUCGACAAAAAAUCGAGCAUCUAUAGUGACCGUCCGGUCAUGGAGAUGUGCGCCGAGCUCGUUGGCUGGAAACAAGCGCUCGCUCUCGUUCCCUACGGCGAACGCUUCCGGGAUCUGCGCCGGCUAAUGCAUGGUGCGCUGGCUGGUAAGGCCAACCUUGCCGAGCACCGUCCCAUCCAGGAGCUGGAGACCCACAAGUUCCUCCUUCGCGCUCUCAAGGACUCGUCGCGUCUGCAGGAGGAGAUACGCAGCUUAGCCGGUGGGAUCAUCCUCAAGGUUUCGCACGGCUACGAGGUCAACCACGACGGUCAUGACCCUGUCGUGUCGCUUAUCGAGCGGACCAUGGACGAGUUCGCCCAGAUAUCCACGCCAGGCGCCUACCUCGUCGACGUCCUUCCCGCACUCAAGUACUUGCCGGAGUGGUUCCCUGGCGCCGGUUUCAAGAAGGAUGCCAAGGAGAUGAAGUCCAGGCUCCACGCCGCCAUCGAUGCGCCGCACCAAUUUGUGAAGGACCAGAUGGCCGCGGGGACCGAGCUUCCGUCGUAUACAUCCAGGCACCUCGAGGCUGGGGACAUCACGCCACAUACGGAGGACCUGAUCAAAUUCGGCGCGUUUGCUAUUUACGGCGGCGGUGCCGAUACUGCGGAGUACUCGUUCUAUCUGGCCAUGACGCUCAACCCGGAGAUUCAGAAGCGGGCUCAGGCUGAAAUCGACGCGGUCGUGGGCACCGACCGUCUCCCGACGCUCGCGGACCGUGAUCACUUACCCUACGUUGAUGCGCUCGUCAAGGAAGUCUUCCGCUGGAACCCGGUCGCUCCACAAGGUAUUCCCCAUUCACUGCGGGAAGACGACAUCCACGACGGGUACUUCAUCCCCAAGGGCACCGUCUGCAUCGCGAACAUCUGGAAAUUCCUGCACGAUCCCAAGACCUACUCGAACCCGAUGGCCUUCGACCCCUCGCGCUUCAUCGACGCCCCCGGCAAGCCCGCCGAGGAGGAUCCGCGGCACUUCUGCUUCGGUUUCGGUCGUCGCAUCUGCCCUGGCUUGCAGCUCGCCGACCAGUCCGUGUGGCUCGCAUGCGCCAUGGCCCUGGCCGCGUUCGACAUUUCCAAGGCGAAGGAUGAGCACGGACACGUCCUUGAGCCCACGCAGGAGUACACCAGCGGUCUCAUCAGCCAUCCCAAGCAGUUCCCCUGCGCGCUCAAGCCGCGCUCGACCCGGGCCGAGGCGCUCAUCCGCUCCGUGGAGGAGUACCGGUGA